GAUACUCCUCAAUAGCCACGCUUUAAACACCUCGUUAUAGUUUUAUUAGCCUCCAUAUCCGGCGGCCGCAUUUCACUCGCCAUAUCUUCUUCCAUUCAGUACUCGCAGUCGCAGAGUGGUUUUCAAGUGCAAUUCUAUGUCUAUGGCAUCUGUUCUGCCUGUAAAUCGGGAUGAUAUUGCGGUAGGCUUUGGCCCGCAUGCACCGUCCAGCGGUAAAGGCUCACGUGUCCUUCACAUCACCCCACAGGCUCAUAGCCGGAAGAAGAAAGCCCUUGGCCCUGCCACUUCACGCCACAGUCCAUCUUCUGCAAUACUGCCUCCGCAAACUAGUAUUCAGGAAGGAUUUGCGACGAAUCCGAUUUCAAGUGUUUCAAGUGGUAUAGAAUCACGUGCUGGUCAUGUUGAGCCACAAGUUCUUGAAUCAGUUGAAAUUGCCCCAGCAGAAAGUUCCCCUGGAACUGGAAUUACAUCAGACAACCAAAGGUUCACAGGGAAAGGUCACAGAAUUAUGGAAAAGAAGUUCAAGAAGUUGAAGCAAAAGCUGGCUCGUUUGACUCAAAAGUGCUUGCCUGAGAAAAAGAAGAUUCAACAUUUUCACGGCUUUUCUUAGCGUCUCAUGCAGUUUUGAGGAGAGUUCCAGUUUUGAUUACUGAGGUGAAAAUUUGUAAAAGAAGUCAAA